AUGACAUCGUCGCCCCAAGCAAUACAUAACCCCACCCCCGGGACCGCGUCGCCAUUUCCUGAGCUCGAAUCCGAAUCACCCACAGCAGCCAUCGCGCCCGUUAGCAGGUCCAACACCGACAAGAACACGCGGCCCCCUCUAACGCUCGCAGGGCGGCUUCGCACGCUUUCCAAAAGUUUUGAGGAGUCGGACUUGCCCGAAGGUUUCUUCACCGCGACGGGGUCUUUCGCUUCCUCCGUGCUGGCCCCACAGACUAGGCGGAGAAGCUCACUAGCGUCCAGCGGAACCUCGCCCAUCGACUCGCCCACGCCUGGCGACGUUCGAACGAGUAGGACCGGAUCACUGUCCUCCCACCACCUCGCCGCCCGGUCGAGAAGGGCCACCGAGCCUCUAGCCGAGACCGCCGCCGAACACGAGCCUGCCGCCGAAAUGAUUCCCAACGGCCACCAAAACAUGACGGAAAAGGGAGCGAGGACGAGUCGGGACGAGGGUGGCGUAGGCGAGACCCUCGGCCACUCGACAGCGACGUCGACGAGCCAAGAGAAGGGCGGCGCCGAGAUCCCUUAUACGGGAACAGCCCCUUUGAGAACGGGUACCACUUCCCGCCCUCACACGGGUUUCGGCCUCGCCCCGUGGAGGAUACGCGAUCUUUACUACCUCAUGAAGUACCGGCUCCGCGGCGAUCACCUCGCCCUACGACGUCUCGCGGGAUUACACCCCGGCUGGUUCCGUCUCCCAGGCUCCGAGAAGAUCCCCAUCCACAUCGUGGCCGACGACUUUGCUGAGGCCGAGGAUGAUGACUCGGCCGGCGGGGAGUGGACUCCUUUCCUUCCUUACCCCUGA